AUGUUUGCUGGUUUCCUUCAGUUUCUUCUCCAUUCCUUGCAUUCAGGGACAGGUGACUUGGAUUAUUACUGGUUGGAUCCUGCCACAUGGCACACUAGAGAUACAUCCCCUAUUAGCUCGCAUCCUGUAACUUGGCAACCAUCUAAAGAGGGAGAUCGAUUAAUUGGUCGUGUUAUUCUCAACAAGAGAACAACUAUGCCAAAAGAGUCAGGUGCAUUACUGGGACUCAAAGUUGUAGGAGGAAAAAUGACCGAUUUAGGACGACUUGGUGCCUUCAUUACCAAAGUAAAGAAAGGUAGCUUGGCUGAUGUGGUGGGACAUCUAAGAGCAGGUGAUGAAGUUCUAGAGUGGAAUGGUAAACCACUUCCUGGAGCUACAAAUGAAGAAGUUUACAAUAUCAUUUUAGAAUCCAAAUCAGAACCUCAAGUUGAAAUUAUUGUUUCAAGGCCUAUUGGUGACAUUCCAAGGAUUCCUGAAACUUCUCAUCCUCCACUAGAGUCUAGUUCUAGCUCAUUUGAAUCUCAAAAAAUGGAACGGCCUUCAAUUUCUGUUAUUUCCCCUACUAGCCCUGGAGCUUUAAAAGAUGCACCACAAGUCCUACCUGGGCAGCUGUCAGUUAAACUAUGGUAUGAUAAAGUGGGGCAUCAGUUAAUAGUGAAUGUUCUUCAAGCAACAGAUCUGCCACCUAGAUUAGAUGGACGACCAAGAAACCCAUAUGUGAAAAUGUAUUUUCUUCCAGAUAGAAGUGAUAAGAGUAAAAGAAGGACAAAAACAGUAAAGAAAAGCUUAGAACCAAAAUGGAACCAAACCUUUCUCUAUUCGCAUGUGCACCGUAAAGAUUUUAGAGAACGGAUGUUAGAAAUCACUGUUUGGGAUCAGCCAAGAGUGCAAGAAGAAGAAAGUGACUUCCUCGGAGAGAUUCUCAUAGAGUUGGAGACUGCACUUUUAGAUGAUGAUCCACAUUGGUAUAAGCUGCAGACCCACGAUGAAUCCUCACUACCUCUUCCUCAGCCAUCACCUUUCAUGCCAAGGAGACAUGUCCAUGGUGGAGAAAAUUCCAGCAAAAAAUUACAAAGAUCUCAGCGAAUCAGUGAUAGUGACAUCUCAGAUAAUGAGGUUGAUGAUGGUAUUGGAGUAGUUCCUUCAGUAGGCUAUAGGUCUAGCAGUAGAGAAAGUAAAUCUGCAACAUUAACUGUGCCAGAACAGCAAAGAACAACUCAUCAUCGUUCACGAUCUGUAUCUCCUCACCGUGGUGACGAUCAGGGCAGGACCCGUUCUCGUUUACCAAAUGUGCCAUUACAGAGGAGUUUAGAUGAAAUUCAUCAAAUGAGAAGAUCACGUUCUCCAACUAGACACCAUGAUGCCUCCCGAAGCCCAGUUGACCGCAGACCCAGAGAUAGGGAUAAUCAGUAUUUAUCAGAUCAAGAAGGAAUGCGCCAACCGGGAAGUCCCAUGCAGUCAUCUCCAGCAGAUAUGUCCUUCAGUCGUAAGGGGAGACAGCUUCCACAAGUUCCCAUCAGGAGUGGCAGUAUAGAGCAAGUAAAUUUAGUAGUGGAGGAGCGAACAAGACAGAUGAAAAUGAAAAUGCACCGGUAUAAUCAGACAACAGGGUGUGGUUCUAGUCAAGAACUUGAACAUGAGCAAUAUACUAAGUAUAAUAUACAAACCGAUCAGUACAGAAGUUGUGAUAAUGUCUCUGCCAAGUCCUCAGACAGUGAUGUCAGUGAUGUGUCAGCUAUUUCCCGCACCAGCAGUGCCUCUCGCCUCAGCAGCACAAGCUUUAUGUCAGAGCAAUCCGAGCAUCCAAGAGGCAGAAUCAGUACGUUUACUCCUAAAAUGCAAGGCGGAAGGAUGGGGACUUCAGGGAGAAUCAUCACAAAGAGCACAAGUGUGAGUGGAGAAGUAUAUAAGCUGGAACAGAAUGAUGGGAGUCAAUCAGAUACCGCAGUUGGGACAGUUGGAACAGGUGGGAAGAAGAGAAGAUCAAGCCUUAGUGCCAAAGUGGUUGCCAUGGUAUCUCGCAGAAGCAGAAGCACAUCCCAGCUUAGUCAAACAGAGACUGGCAGCAAAAAGCUGAAAAGCACUAUACAAAGAAGCACAGAGACAGGAAUGGCAGCAGAAAUGAGAAGUCGCAUGGUUCGGCAGCCCAGUCGGGAAUCAACUGAUGGUAGUAUCAAUAGUUACAGCUCAGAAGGAAACCUAAUAUUUCCUGGAGUUCGACUGGGCGCUGAUAGUCAGUUCAGUGAUUUUCUAGAUGGGCUUGGACCGGCUCAGCUAGUGGGACGACAGACUUUAGCAACUCCUGCCAUGGGAGAUAUUCAGAUUGGAAUGGUGGAUAAGAAAGGACAAUUAGAAGUGGAAGUCAUUAGAGCUCGAGGCCUAAUACAGAAACCUGGCUCUAAAUCUACCCCAGCGCCAUAUGUCAAAGUAUACUUGCUUGAAAAUGGGGCAUGCAUAGCUAAGAAGAAAACAAGGAUUGCCAGGAAAACCCUUGAUCCCUUAUACCAACAGACGUUGGUUUUUGAUGACAAUUCACAUGGUAAAGUCCUUCAGGUGAUAGUAUGGGGAGAUUAUGGCCGAAUGGAUCACAAGUGUUUCAUGGGAGUUGCACAGAUCUUGUUAGAAGAACUUGAUUUAUCCAGUGUGGUAAUAGGCUGGUAUAAAUUAUUUCCACCUUCCUCCUUGGUGGAUCCAACAUUGACUCCUCUGACUCGCAGGGCCUCCCAGUCAUCUCUGGAAAGUUCAACUGGGCCUCCCUGUAUUCGAUCUUAA